CAGCAUAAAGUCAGCUUUGAUAAGCUUGCCUUUUCUCAAUAUUUAUACUUUAAAAUUUAAACUUUUGAUCCUUUCGGUCUAAAUUAUGGCAACUGAUAUGCCCGAUGAGAAAUUUCUAUGGAACGUUUUUCAGAGUGUCGAUAAGGACAAAAGUGGUUAUAUUUCAGCUAACGAGCUUCAAGAGGCUCUCUCCAAUGGCACUUGGUCAGCUUUUAAUUCAGAGACAAUUCGAUUGAUCAUCGGCAUGUUUGAUCGAGAGAAUCGAGGAAGUGUUUCAUUUCGUGAUUUUGGAGCUUUAUGGAAAUAUAUAACUGAGUGGCGAAAUUGUUUUUUUACCUUUGAUAAAAACAAUUCGGGCAAUAUUGACAAUAAUGAAUUGAAAUCGGCACUUUCGGCAUUUGGUUAUCGUCUGUCUGAUCCAUUAAUUCAAAUAUUACUGCACAAAUUCGAUCGUUUUGGCCAGGGAAAUAUUCUUUUCGAUGACUUCAUACAAUGUUGUAUUGUUCUGCAGACAUUGACUUCUGCGUUCAAGUUUUACGAUACCGAUAUGAAAGGCAUCAUCACAAUUGACUACGAUCAGUUCUUAAGAAUGGUAUUUUCUUUAAAAAUAUAACUAAAAAUUAUAAUAAUAUUAAACAUUGAAAAAUCUAU